AUGGCGGUGACGGUGGAGAUCACGCGGAGCGAGGUGCUCCGGCCCUCGCCGGCGGCGUGCACGGGCGGCGGCGAGAUGGUCCCGCUCACCGCCUUCGACCGCGCCGCCAUGGACGGGUACGUCCCGACCAUGUUCGCCUGGGACGCGGCCUCGGCGGCGCCAUCCAACGACGCGAUCAAGGACGGACUGGCCGCCGUGCUGGCUAGGUUCCCGCACCUCGCCGGGAGGUUCGACGUCGACGAGACUGGCCGGGCGUGCUUCCGGCUCAACGACGCCGGGGCGAGGGUGCUCGAGGCUGUCGCCUCGGGCGACCUCGCCGACGCUCUGGCGGCGCACGACGCCGGCGCCCACGUCAACGAGCUGUACCCCAAGGCGGACAAGGAGCGUGCGGAGGAGCCGCUGUUGCAGGUGCAGCUGACGCGGUACACGUGCGGCGGGCUGGUGAUCGGCGCGGUGAGCCACCACCAGGUCGCCGACGGCCAGUCCAUGAGCGUCUUCUUCACCGUGUGGGCCGCCGCCGUGCGCACCGGCGGGGCCGUCCUCCCGACGCCGUUCGUCGACCGCGCCGCCGUCGCCGUGCCGCGUGCCCCGCCGGAGCCGGCGUUCGACCACCGGAACAUCGAGUUCAAGGGCGAGCAGAGCAGGAGCCACUCCUACGGCUCCCUCCCCUUGGACCGGAUCAAGAACCUCGCCGUGCACUUCCCGGACGAGUUCGUCGCCGGGCUCAAGUCCCACGUCGGCGGCGUGCGGUGCAGCACGUUCCAGUGCCUCCUGGCGCACGCGUGGAAGAAGAUCACGGCGGCGCGCGACCUCCCGCCGGAGGAGUCCACGCAGGUCAGGGUCGCCGUCAACUGCCGCGGCCGCGCCAGCCCGGCGGUGCCCACGGACUACUUCGGCAACAUGGUGCUCUGGGCGUUCCCAAGGAUGCAGGUCCGGGACCUCCUCUCCUCCAGCUACUCCAAGGUGGUCGGCGUCAUCCGCGACGCCGUGGCUCGCGUCGACGAGCAGUACAUCCAAUCGUUCGUCGACUUCUGGGAGGUGGCCGCCGGCGACGAGCUAGCGCCGACGGCGGCAGAGCCGGGCACGGUGUUCUGCCCGGACCUGGAGGUGGACAGCUGGCUAGGGUUCAGGUUCCGGCUCGACUUCGGCGGCGGGCCGCCGUGCGCGUUCCUGCCGCCGGACCUCCCCGUCGAGGGGAUCCUCAUCUUUGUGCCGUCGUGUUCGGCGAAGGGCGGCGUGGAGAUGUUCAUGGCGCUCGAGGAGCAGCACGUCGAGGCUUUAAGACAGAUUUGCUAUUCCAUGGACUGA